CGGUGGUAAAAGCUGAAAACGUAAAGAUGGCACUAAAACUGCUGGUUGGUCAAAAGAUUAUGAAUGAAGUCGUCCGCAGCAAAACGAAAGCGGACGGCAAACCUGGUACGGAAUGGAGAAUCCUGAUCGUCGACAAACUGGCGAUGCGUAUGGUUUCCGCCUGUACCAAGAUGCACGAAAUUAGCGCCGAAGGCGUUACACUGGUUGAGGAUAUCAACAAGAAACGCGAGCCGUUGCCAGCGAUCGAAGCGGUCUACUUGAUCACUCCGUCGGAGGAUUCCAUCCGGCUGCUGAUGAGGGACUUCGAGAAUCCAGCAAAACCGACGUACAAAGCAGCCCAUGUGUUCUUCUCGGAAGUUUGUCCGGAGGAACUUUUCAACGACAUCUGCAAGUCGGUGGUAUCCAGAAAGAUAAAAACGUUGAAGGAAAUCAACAUCGCUUUUCUGCCGUACGAGUCGCAGGUCUAUUCGCUGGACUCGCCUGUGACCUUCCAGUGCGCGUACUCGCCCGCCCUGGCUUCGGCUCGCAGUGGCAAUAUGGAGCGUAUUGCUGAACAAAUUGCCACUCUAUGCGCUACUCUUGGCGAGUAUCCGUCCGUUCGUUAUCGCAGCGAAUGGGAUGGCAACGUUGAGCUUGCCCAGAUGGUGCAGCAAAAGUUGGACGCGUAUAAGGCCGACGAGCCGACGAUGGGUGAAGGGCCGGAGAAGGCUCGCUCGCAACUGCUCAUCCUCGAUCGCGGCUUCGACUGUGUCUCGCCGCUGCUGCACGAGCUGACACUACAGGCGAUGGCGUACGAUCUGCUCCCGAUCGUGAACGACGUGUAUAAGUUCAUCCCGUCGCCAAACGCGGCCGAAAAGGAGGUACUGCUCGAUGAGAACGACGAUCUGUGGGUUGAUUUGCGCCAUCAGCACAUCGCUGUGGUAUCACAGAGCGUAACGCAGUACCUGAAGUCGUUCACUGAGUCGAAGCGGCUGACCCAGAGCGAAAAGCAGUCGAUGAAGGAUCUAUCGCAGAUGAUCAAGAAGAUGCCCCAGUACCAGAAGCAGCUGUCGAAGUACUCGACCCACCUGCACCUGGCGGAGGACUGCAUGAAGUCGUACCAGGGCUACGUGGACAAGUUGUGCCGAGUGGAGCAGGAUCUGGCUAUGGGUACCGAUGCCGAGGGCGAAAAGAUCAAGGACCAUAUGCGGAACAUCGUGCCGAUUCUGCUGGACCAGAACGUGUCUAACUACGACAAGGUGCGCAUCAUCGCACUGUACGUCAUGAUCAAGAACGGCAUCUCGGAGGAGAACCUCACCAAGCUGGUUUCGCAUGCUCAGAUCGAGCAGAAGGAACGCGAGAUGAUCCACAAUUUGACGCAUCUGGGCAUCAACGUAAUUGCCGACGGUAAUCGAAAGAAGCCGUACACCGUGCCGAGAAAGGAGCGCAUCAACGAGCACACCUAUCAGAUGUCUCGUUGGACUCCGGUCAUUAAGGACAUCAUGGAGGACGCGAUUGACAACAAGCUGGACGAGCGUCAUUUCCCAUUCCUGGGCGGAAGAAAGAUGGCAGGUUUCCACGCUCCGACCAGCAGCAGCGCCCGCUAUGGCCACUGGCACAAGGAUAAGUCACAGACGGCUGUGAAGAACGUCCCGCGCCUGAUCGUGUUCGUGGUCGGCGGUUGCAGCUACUCGGAAAUUCGCUGCGCGUACGAGGUGACGGCGGCCGUUAAGAACUGGGAGGUUUACAUCGGCUCAUCGCACAUCCUCACGCCCGAAACGUUCCUCCACGAUCUCGGAUCGCUCAACAAGGAGUAAGGCGUGCGUGGGGAAUAUUUUGCAUGCCAAUUUCAUUUUGUUUUCCUUAACAUAGAGGGCGGCCUGUACGCCACGCGUUGUUUUGCGCGCAUUCUGUGUGAUCCUCAGGCCGUGGUCGCUUUUCGAGUGAAGUAGUAGAAGAAACGAAGUGUUGUAUUUAAACUGUUUAUCUCUUAAGGACAUCGAACAAAUGUGACGUGAACGAAUGAAUCAGCCAGCCCCAUUAUUUAACACUACAAACCCGCCCCCCACCCACUCGAAGAGACGAUCAAAGAUAUGUUGAUUUGACAUGCACUGGGACACACACACGUUGAAAAAGAUGACCUGUCGCUUUUAUCAGCCCGGAGAUAUGGGAUGCGUUAUGAGUCAGCUUGGUUUAUUCAUCAGGUUGGGCAUUUACUACCAAACUGAUUUUUCGCUCUUGUGUCAACACUGUACAUUCCUGUGCAAAAAUAAGUGUUAUUGUUUUUUUUUGUUACGUGUUCAUAAAUAAUACAAAAUAUGCAAUCCUAUUGUACUUAGUUGUUAGUUUACCUUCCUUGCGUUAUAUUUAGCAUUGGUUCUUGAAGUGUUUUAAUAUACACAUGUUUGUGUAAUGCGUUAAUAGUUGUAACGUUUUAAUUGAUGGGUUUAAUUUAAAAAAAAUCGGAUGCUUGCAUACCCUUUUUUCUCGUCAGAUAAGAAUGGGCAUUCGCUUCGUAUUAGGUCACCAAAGUACUGCACUGUUGCGGUGUUUAAUUGAAAGUAUUAAAACGCAAAGAUAUCAACAGCAUUGAACCAAAAACGAGAACGCGGAUGCAAACGACAGAAAGAUCAUUAAAGCAAAGAGGAUGGAAUGGAGAUGGAAACUCCCCCAGAAUACGACUUUCAAUUGUCGAGCCAAGGAGAGCGUUGGCAUUUUUGAUUGGAUGCGUAGCAGCAGGGUGUACCGCGAAUGUCACGCUAGAAUAAAAUAAACACAAGAAGAUAAUGCAACCAUUCAUACGAAUGGAACACCCAACAAAUCAUAUUUAAAUUUGAAAAAAAACAAACCACCCACAUACACACAAUCCAAACGUAUAUAUUAUACAUAUAUCAUAGCGUUAGUAAACGUUUGAACAAAGGGUCGCACGAUGAACGUGAAGAUAAUGUUUACUCUAAAUUAUUAAUUAGUUUUAAUCGAACCGUGCGAUGUUGCUACCAACGGAUUAACUUUGUUUAUGUGAGAAACGAUAACGAUCGAGAAGAAAUAUGCAAGCAGUAUUUCUGCGGAAAUGAUAAUGAUAAACUAAAAAUGCGUGACCUGUUUAAAAUUUGAAACAAUUUUGGAAAUGGUUACCGCCAUGCUGAAGGAAAAAAGCAUUAAACUUCUUAAUCAUCAAUUACAUAUGGCGGAACGGGACAACAUUGCUUCUUCACACAUUUGCUCGAUAAAGAAAAACUACAACAACGCAGGAUGCUUUUAAAUUACCACUCCAAAGACGUCGGGAGGUGUGUUGAAAAUAAUCUUAAAGCAAUUAUUCACCGGCGAAAACAUCACUAAAUUAAUGAUUAAAAACAUACAAAGCUAAAUGCGAAGCUUGCUUCUACACGAUCAUGAAAAGUAAAGCUUUGGUCCAUCUUACCGUUUUUCUCAGCUGUUGUUUCACAUUUCUUCAGAUAGAAAAUUAAAAAAAAGUCACGCAAAGUUACAAUAAACGGUAUGUAGGCGUUGUAUAAAAGAAACAAAGUUGGGUGUUGAAAAGACGAAACCAAAUAAGGGAAAAACAAUUUCCUUAUGACACACCAAACACAGAAGCAACACAAAAAAUGAUGAUAUUUGGCAUUUAUUGUGGCUACUGUAAGAUGAUAAGCGAUUGUGUUUUUCCCCAUUCCCUCCGAAACAACUUAAAUCACCUCAGACGCGCGAGUCUAGAUUUAGUCGGUUUGGAGUUAACGAAUGCAAGAAAGCACAUAAAACUACCCAUAAAAAAUCGUUAUGCGAACAAAGACAAAAAAAAAGGCAAAAGAACAUGAGAUAAGAGUCAAACUAUAAUCCUGUACACAUGUUUAAACAGUCUAUUUCUUCGAGAGUUCAAUUAUUAACUAAUAGCGUAUUCAAUAUAUCUUGAUACUCUAGGAGUGCACAUGGACGCAAGAAACAAUAGCUGAAAUCUUUACCCUCUCUUUCCUAGAUGGAUAGUUAAAUUUGAAAGAAAACAGUUAGCAACAAAAAAAGACGUAUUUGCAAAUGCAAGAAUAUUGAACGGAUACGUGGUCACGAAAGCAAACGUUUUGAUUCUUGGCAACCUCAACCGAUCAACCGAGAAGUAAACACAAAUUUCCUGUAACCAGACGCAUAGCGAAAACGUCAUCCUGCGACAAGGAAAUGCCAUCGCUUUUCCUUCCCGAUAGAAUAACUGGUACUGGAACAAGGACAAACAUUGAAACGUUCGGCUUGCAUUUAAGUUGUAUUUGGCUUCCUCAAAUUUCCUCCAGUUGCAUCGCAUAGAUAAUUACAUCAAUAAACACUUAUUAUCCAAUAAA